AUGUUGAGAAAUAUGGGUGUCAAUCUCACCCAGCUCAAUUCUGAAACCUCUGAUCUUGACCUGAUCGUCAGCACGACCACAACAUUCGCAGUUUCCGUCCGGCAAGUAUCUUCCAAGAUCUCCAGUACGGUAAAGUCUGUCUCUUGGGCCCUUCCAAACCUCUCUCCAUGGCUCACCCUUGUCAAGUUCUUUAUCCUUGGCAAUGAAUUUGUCUGGGGAAGUGUACCAGUUGGUGACGAAUUUCUGUUUAUUGAGCUCGUCGUUCUUUCUGUAACCUUCAGCAAGACCAGCAGCUCUCACGUAAAUCUCACCAACCUCACCAACACCACAGGUUUGGGUUCUGUCGUUUCUAUUAACAACUAA